GGACUUUGUUUUGUUGUGAAUAAUAAAUCAUUCAUGGCCCGUCGUCAUUAAAAAUCAAAAUCUUUUUUUACUAAAAAUCCAUCUCAUUUUUGUACACGUCGGUUUAAAAAUUAUAAAGCAUAUUGCGGUUGUGUUAUUUAUUAUAUUUACGCGUGUCUAUUCGGAUACAAAUUGUUGUCUAGAUUACCAACGGUUGGGAAAACCCGCGGUGGAAAAGUCACAGUCCGUCCCCGGUUUUCGCGGUAACAAUUAUAUACGUUAGCAUUGUUUGAUGAUCUCGUCAAUGUAGACAUCGCUACUGACCACUCACAAUGGCCACAGACUAAAAUAAUUGUAACACAGCCGCUCCGUCACAACACAGAGUGUCAAGUUUUUACUCGUAUAUUUUUUCACAUAUGGACACGUUACGCUGUAUUUACUUAACAUACAUUAUAUUGUCAACGACACGAAUUGACCUAAUGAUUCACUGCCCAUAAACCUCGGUUUAUCCUCAUGUGACGUAAUACUAAAGUGUAAACUCACUGUAACAUUCAGUCGAUGUGAUAAUAGACGUAACGUGUUUGAUUUGCUGUUCUGAAAAACCGCACGGGACUAAUAUAAUAACUAUCAGUGACCGCACCAUCAAUCUUGUUGUGGUCACGGGUUUCUGGGCACACGUGAAGAACCACAUCCCAACAAACAGACGGACAACCGAAACUAAUCAAAUGUUAAAUAUAAUUUCUCAAACAAAAUACAAUAGCACUUAUUCUGCCUACUUAUCAUCGGUAUUUUUUCUUUGAGGACACACAACGCAACUAAUAAAAACUGCAACAAGUACUUUCUAUGUUUUAGCACUCCAACUGAACAAAGCUACGCUUUCAAAGCCGGUGGUGCUUCCUUUUAAAAGUUUGAAAACAUCGCCUCUACAGAAUUGCUUGGGACAUAAAAUAUAUUUUAUGGCGUCGGCGCGAAACAUCAAAACCUUCAAUAACUGUCAAACGUUAAAUCGAACAAGGCGAAAUAUAUGUAUAUUUGUGCAAUAACAUUAACAAUGGGCGUGACGCUUUCUGCUUAUGUGCGUCGUCGUGCACAAAAUAAUUAUGUCACUCAUAAUCUUGCAAAACGUAAUUUUCAUUCACUAUUAGUUAGUUGUGACUCAUUUCAGUAGUCGAUUAAAAUAGUAGAGCUAUUUAAAUUAUUCAACGUUAUUCGUAAUUCGACUAUCGUUUGAGUAAGUCGUAUUUGCUGGUACACAAAUCGGACAAUUUCCCACAAGCCGAAAUUGAUUACAAAAGCCACGUCCGCCUCACGCAUCCCACCCCGGGCUAAUGGUCGGUGUGAAAGUGCUCGGAGAUGAAGAUCGUACAGACGUGUUUUCCCAAAAAGCUUUUGGUAGCUACAACAGUACUAGUAGUAAUUGCAAUGAUUGUCAUGCCAUCCGAAGCGCGGACGCUAGAACACAAAAUUAGGCAUGAGAGGCGGCAGCACGAGGCGUUAGCACCAACCAAAGACUUGAGGAUGAAGCUAGAGAGCCGCGUGGUGGAACACAGGAGACGGCCGCACAGAAAGCAAACCGUCAUGCCUCAAGCCAAAGACACAGAACACGUCAGACAGAAAAACGUCCAAUCAGAUCGCUUCAAGACCGCAACGAGAAAGAUUACAAAAAAACUGACGAAUACGAGGAGGUUUUUCAUCGAGGAACGAAAAGUCCUCAACGAGACGCGGGAGUACAGGGACGGCAUGCCUGACUGGCUGCCCACCAUCAACUUCGUCGAUAUUCACUUCUACAGCUACAAAAAACGUGGCGCGACCAUGUCUGAACGCAAAUUUGCGUACCUGAUGCCAAAACUCUACAAAUCGCUUGUAGAGUACCAAGAGAUCUUCAAGCUGCUCAUCAAAGUAGAAGUUGAAUUCGCCGACGAUCCAUUCUGCUCGUACAACAAAACCCGCCACGAACUAAUAGGGAAAACUCUACAUAGAUUAUACAGUACUAUAGCCGAAGUAAAGGAGAAUAUGAUGUCUGUUAAUAUACCAGUGCCUCAAGUUAGCAAAAACAAGAACUUACAAGUUCUAGAAAUGAAGGUUGACGCGCCCCAAUGUUUGAAGAACGACUACAUAGCGUUCAGAGCGUACGGCAACCUUCUCAACAACUGGUACUCUGAAUUCAGGUGUCCCCGAGGCAAGAAAGUUAUUAGAAAUAACAGCAAAUGUGCCGAAUACGAGGCCAAACUAAAAGAGAAGAAAGAUAAAAGAAAUAAGAACACUGAAAGAUGAACGAGCUAGUUGAUUGUUGUGACUUAAAAUAAUCUUCGCUUCGACUAAUUAUUUAUUUGAAUUACAAUCGAUGUAGUCCCUGUUGUACUUAUUUAUUGGUAGGUCCGUAAGCGCACGCUCUCUAACACCAGUCGUUGGUUGUAUUCGAAGUGCUUGACGAAACAAUGUAUUGUUGAUUAAGUAUUGGGUACUUUCUCUGUGAUAUUUAGUAUUCUGUAGAUAUUAAUCAUUAAUUUAUUGAAAGUUUUUAGUUUGUAAGCCUUUCUGUUCAGUUCCUUUGUACUUAACUGUUAUAUUUUCUGUUUCACGUUACGACGAAACUAUAUUAAUAAGUUGAUCUUAAUUUAUUGGAAUUUAACCGUCAGUAUUUAUUUAAUUUAUACUAAUAAUCUCUUUAUUUCUAUUGCUGAAAUGGAAUCUGAUUUGUACGCUGUGUAUUAACUAAAAUGACUUAAUAUUUCUCUUUUUAUAUCUCGAGUAUUAUUAGCAGGCAAAACAUGCCGUUUUAGCCAAGAAAGACUUUUAGCCUUAUAUAGUAAGUUGCUUAUUUAUGUAAUGAGUAAGUUAUACAUAAGUUUGUAUAGAAAUGUGCCGUUAGAUGUUAGUGAAUUAAUGAACUGAAUACCAUGUGAAUAUUACCUAUGUUUUAUAUACGAAUUGCAUAAUUUUCCAAUGCAGACUUUGUUACUAAAUGUGAAGUAUAAGUACAUGAUUUAAAUAAUAAAAUGAAAUAAAUGGAUUCAAUCACGUAA